AUGUAUUUCUCUGACAUUACAAACCUUGAAAAGUCCUUUCGUAAUAUCUAAACCAAGUCCGUCAUUUCUCAGAAUGCCAUUCCUGCCACUCCUAUGAAGAAACACUAAGUGAAUUACAUGGAUACAUAGAAUUUGCAAUUCGAGUGGAUUUAAUUGGAUGACUAUGAAUAGGAAAUCAUGAAUGAAAGCGAUUCAAACCCCUUCUAAUACUCGUACUAUGAACAAACUUAAUGGUUCUAAAACUAUCAUCUUCAUUUCUCGUAUCCACUGAAAUUGGAUCACAUGAAUACCCAAGAAUCCUUAAAGCAUCAUUCUAUUUGUGAAUUUAAGAGGAACAAACUUCUGUGUUUAAUCGGCUAUGUAUUGAGUUCGUAUGAUAACACUUCGAAUGAGACAUAUUUUUUGACCAUCUCCAUUUUUGAUAGGUUCUUACAAAAAUACCCAUAUAAUCUAAGCAAUGAGGAACUCUUAACUAUCGGAAUAAGUUGUUUGAGUUUGGCUUCUAAGUAGAAAGACAUUUAUUGUUUGACUUCAUAAUAACUUGUCUAAUUAAGUGCUUGCAAAAUGUCAAUUUUAAAUCUUAAAAACUAUACAAUACUAAAUAGAAAUGCCAAACUAUUUCAGAAACUUUGAUUACAUAAUGCGUGACUUGGAGUUUCGAUAUUACAAACUGUAAGGGUCAAAUAUUGCUAAUAAUUCUGUGAUGAAAAUGAAACUAUAGGCCAUUUAUAAAUGCAGUUUAAAUCUAUUACGAUUUGUCUCAUAGUAUUAUGAUACGACAAUAUUUCAUCAAAGCACCAUAGCGUAUAGCUGCAUCUUUUAUACAGUCAAGAGGAUGGAAUAAAUGAAUUAUAGACGGCUUGGUGACUUUAUUAUAGUUUUAGGGAAAAUUCAACAUGAUCAUGAGA